AUGGGCGUGGAAGGGGCGCCGGGGACAACGGCGUCUGCACCAGCCGGUGCAGCACUGGUGCUCUCGAGGCCCAUCGACGAGGUUGUCUUGCCGCCUGGGCGAGGACUGAGGGUGCAUAGCUUGUCAGACCUGCACACCGACAGCAAGGACAACCUGGCUUGGGUAAAGUCUUGGGCGAGCUGGAAGGGGGACGGGGACGGGGACCUGGGCGAGGGCCACGAGGAUGUCCUUAUCGUUGCCGGCGACAUUUCUUCCUCCCUCGAACGAUCCGCCGAGACUCUGGAGUGCCUCAUGGAGCGGUACGAUGAGGUGUUCUUCGUGGUCGGGAACCACGAGAUGUGGACCGGUCGCCGCAAGCCGGAGGGGGGGGUCGACUCCGUCGAGAAGCUGGUACAGAUGCACGUCUUAUGCGAGAGCCUAGGCGUGAGGACCGACCCCGUGAUUUUCGCAGUGGGGGGAGAAGGAAAGAGCGGGGCGGCAGCGGAGAGGGGGACGACGAGCGAGGAGAGGGGGGGAGCAAUGGGGGGGCGGCAGGAGCUCGCGGUUUUUCCCCUGCUCUCCUGGUACCACGCGUCGUGGGACGAUGAGCCCAACCUUCCACCAGAGCUUCAGCUACGCCGCGGGGACUUUCUUCGUCGGUGGCGAGACUACUCCUACUGCCACUGGCCGGAGGACCUUUGUAGUCGCGAGGACUUCGUAACGGUUGACCGCGACGCACCGCCGGUGAUAGCAGAGUUCUUUGCUCGACAAAACGACGCCUGCAUCCAGGCGUUUCGGGCGAAGAGACCGUUGACACGUAGAGCGGCGGCAGGGGCACCGCCAAUCGGCGACGGGGGCGGGGGGGAGGAAGGGGCUGCUGCUGGCGUUGGGUCUGGGCCGUCGAGAUCGAUGUCGUCGCCGCCUACUCCGAGGAGUGGCCGUGGGGAGGGAGGGGGGGGCAGCGGUAGCAGCGGUGGCGGUGAUACUACGAAGAUUAUCAGCUUUUCGCACUUCGUGCCCCGGCAGGAGCUCUGCCCGGAGAAGCGGCUCCUGUGGGAGCCGCAGUUGACGAAGGUGAUCGGGUCAGCCCCGCUCGAGCGGCAGAUACGCGAGCUGGGGUCAGACGUGCACAUCUUUGGGCACACUCACAUCCCCAUCGACAUGACGUCGGAAGGGGUACGAUACGUUCAAUGGCCUCUUGGCACCCUUCGGGAGCAGUCGUACCGGACGAACGACAUGCGGGAGAAGGGACCCCUCCUGGUUUACUCUCACGACGGCAGCGAGGGGGGACUCAGGCCGCCCGUGCACACCUGGUGGGGGGAGUUCUACAAGGCCUACCCGCGUGACCCACACGACACCGAGAUACCGGAGAACACCUACGAGUACAUGAGGCAAAGAAUAGCGGACGGGCGGGGGCAGGCCAAAGCAUCGCCUUCCUAA